AUGAAAUCUGUUGAUGUGUAUGACACUAUUAGAAAUCAAUGGAUCCCUGGACCGCCUAUGAGCUUCGUAUUGAUUGCUGUAGGAGGCUUUGAUGAAGCAACUGGGAUUGCAAAUGCUGGACUGUUGGAUCCACGAACAGGAGAUUGGUCAGAACUUGCCUCGAUGACAACGCGUCGAUCGUCGGUUGGCGUGACGUCUGUUGGCUCGAGUGUUUACGCGGUUGGCGGAUACGAUGGUCACAGUAGACAUUGUUUGAAUACGGUAGAAGUUUUUGAUCUGCGAGCAAAUCGUUGGCGUGCUGGGAAGCCAUUACGCGAGUUCGAUCUGGAGCUGCAAGAUACCGUUGAGAUCUAUAAUCCUGGGGUAGAUGAUGAUUGGGCGUUGAUUCCAAACAUGAGCGCUCCAAGACGAAACGCGGGUGUUAAACAUGAAGUUGAAGAAACUCGCGGAGAGCGCCGUCAAUGCAUUCCGGCAAUCGAACCCCUGCCGGAAGCAAUAGAGGUACUCGAGCACGAACAUAUGGCCAUGGUUGAACAUAUGAACGAAGAUACUUUAUUUGUGAUGGCAAGUGGACUUGGCCCAACGAGUUUGCCCCCUCCAAAAGUGAUAAAAGCAGAAGUGCUUGCCUCGGAUCGAGAGGCGUUGUAUUUGCAAGGUGGCGUACAAUUCAUCACUUCUCGCAUUUUGAUGGUGGAUUUUCUCACAAAUCGUGUUCCAGCAAAGAUGGUGGCAGCUAUACUCGUUUACCGAGCACAUCAGCUUUUGAAUAGUUUUCAAGAAACGUUUAUACUUCGAUUAUACCGUGAAAAGAACCCGGAAGGUCAUGUGAAAGGCUUUACAGAUAUGCCGAUGUAUUUUGCUGGAAUAGGACAAUUACAAAGACUCGUUGAUCGCCUGUUUGUUCGAAAAGUGCAUCUUCUCCCACGACACGAUACGUCGGUUGUCAAAACCUUUGCGCGUGCUCCGCCGUCGUCUAUCGAAAUAACGGUUGAUUUGUCGGGAGGCACACGACGUUGUAUUUCGCUGAUAACUGAUUUGUUAAAAGUUUGCCUUCGGGAAUUGAAACAAUCUUCUGUUAGAAACAAAAAACAAGAAGAAGAGGAGAGUGAUUCAUUCAACGCUGGUGUUUAUUUCACGACAGAACUCGAGAAGAGAUUGCAGUACAAGGGAUCUUUUUUACCGGAUCGUCAACGGCGGCUUUUGUCGGAUUUAAAAUUUUUGCGAAACCUUUUGCGGACGGCAGAGAAUCUUGAUGCAUGUACAGUGCUGUAUAAGCUAAACGAGCUUGGAAACGAUAAAGAAGCGCUGGAAGAGUCCACUGGAUGGUCGUUUACUCCAACUGGAGCGCGACUUAAGGCCAUUGCCCAGGAGCUUGCCUCAUUUGCAUCCAAUCGUCCCGAAUUUGUUGCCCCGCCUAAAUGGACAUCAUUAGAAUCCGUUUUGGAUGAGAUCAAAGAGCUUCAUAUUCCAAAAGAAAAAAUUCCAAAUAAUGAACCACGUGUUUUGGUUUUCACUUCGAAUGAACAAGCCCAGUUACAAGUGUCGGUUUUAAAAAGACUCGUGCGUCCAACAACUACAGAGGCUCCUAUUAAACCAAUCUGGAAUCCUGAUCAAGUAUCUUCGUUUUUUGCCGAUGAAGCGAAUCCCGGAAGCUCUACUCGCAAAGAAGUGAUUGAAAACAUUCAAAAGCAGCAGAAGGAAGCGGCUCGGGUUGCAAAGAAGCGAAAGAAGGUUGCCGAAAGUCUCAUAGCUGUCAAGCAGAAGAAUCUUGAACAUUUUGGUGUGAUACGAUACAAGAAGCUGACGGAAACGAGAGAAAAGGUAACAUUUAUUGAAUAC